AUGCACACUGUGCCCCAGGAGUGUGAUCAUCCGCGAUGUGUUUUUACCUAUAUGAGUAAAAAAGGGUUUUCUAAACUCCCAUUUUUAAGACAAAGUUUUCUAGAGAUCCUUCAGAGACCUCUUUGCAAACCUCUAGAAUUCUCCGAAGACGGGUCAUAAAACUCUGAAUCGGUUUUUGACUGAGUUUGAGUCAAAAUUAACGGUUUUAUUUAAAAAUCACUUGCCCGUUGUAGUGGGGUUUUCGUGAAAAUUUCAAUAAAACUGACUUUUCUGGCGGAUGAAGUAAUUAUUUCAAAAAUGGCUUUAUACUUUCAUUCUAUAUGCUACAGUGGUUUGAAUCCGGCAAAAAUAAUUGAUUUAUCUUUUAGCGGGAAAAACUAGAAAGGUCUGCAAAAUGCCAGGGUAGGGGUAACGACCGU